AUGGGGGGGAGCAUGACCCCUGUGGGAGUGGAUGAGGCGGAAGGGGAGGGAGUGCGGUAUGAGGUGGUGGGCGGUGGGUUUUACGGGGUGGAUGGGGAUGAGACAGGGAGUGAGAGCGAUAGGGACACGCCUGGGUCCGCUCGUGCUGGUCUAGACGGCCUUGGCUGGGCUGGUGGUGGUGGUGGUGGUGGUGGUGGUGGUGGUGGUGGUGGUGGUGGUGGUGGUGGUGGUGGUGGUGGUGGUGGUGGUGGUGGUGGUGGUGGUGGUGGUGGUGGUGGUGGUGGUGGUGGUGGUGGUGGUGGUGGUGGUGGUGGUGGUGGUGGUGGUGGUGGUGGUGGUGGUGGUGGCGGUGGUGGUGGUGGUGGUGGCGGGGGUGGUGGUGGUGGUGGUGGUGGUGGUGGUGGUGGUGGUGGUGGUGGUGGUGGUGGUGGUGGUGGUGGUGGUGGUGGUGGUGGUGGUGGUGGUGGUGGUGGUGGUGGUGGUGGUGGUGGUGGUGGUGGUGGUGCAGGUGGUGGUGAGUUGGGGGUUGAAGUAAGGAACCAGGAACGGGAGCAGGCAUUGCAGGAGCAGGUUAUUCAGGAGCAGAGAUCGCAGGAAGAGGGGUUGCAGGAGCAGGGGUUGAGAGAAGGCGAAGCGGAAGGGCAGGCAGGAGAUGGCGGGGAGAAGGGAGAUGCGAACGGAGGGGCGAGCGGGGGCAUGGCAGCAGACAGCACACAGCAGGGAGGAGAAGGUGGGGUAGUGGUAGCAGAGCAGGAGCAUGGAGUAGGAGGAGAGAAUGGGGAAGGGGAACAAGGUGGGCCAGGGGGAGGAGGUGGGGAGCAGCGCACUAUGGCAGCAUGCGGGCCCCGGCAGGGCGUGGUGAUCGCACGGGGCAGCCUGGAGCAGCGAAUGGAGGCUGUCUGCGCCGCUGAGGCCCUCACUGUGCUCGCCAACACCCGCUUCCGCGCCCUCUGGACCCUCCGCCCCCGCCCCCACUUCUUCCCCAAACGCUCCCACAGCCUCCCCCAAAGCCGGAACGCCGGGGGGAUGCUUGGGGUAGGGCGGCAGCAGCGGCGGAGGCUCUUAGGGGAGAUUACAGGAGAAGAGGAGCUUAGGAGGUUGAGAGAGACCAGGCGGAGGAGAAUGAGGAGGAGGAGGAGAGGGGAGGGAGUGGGGGCAGCGGAGGGGGAGAGACAGGGGGGAGAGGCCGGCAGUGGGGGUGCGGAGGGGAGCAUGGCGGGGGAGGUGGGGAUGGUGCGGUUUGGCGAUCUGUUUGAUGCGCGCAUGCCUGUGGACGUGCAGGAGAAUGCCACUGAGUUCCUGCUGCGCCAUGUGGUGGCUGGGGAGAAGCUCAUGCGUAGAGAGAUUUCGUUCAUCCGCUGCCCUGAGCCGUCAGCCGGCAGGGUGGCAUCAGGAGCAGAGCUGCUGAGGGUGGCACCAGACGUGCGCCGAUACGCCCAGGAGGUCUCCCGCAUGCGCCAAGCCACUGGCUGGACUCCCCAACAGGACGGGAUUUCCCAGGAAAUGAAUUCCCAAGGGUGGAAUUCCCAGGGUUCCGCCAGCAGCAACAGCACUAGGGUGGAGAGCGGUGCAGACCGGUACGGGCACUGGACGGCGCGGCUGCAGCUGUACACUGUGCGGGGGCUAGUGCUGCCGGACUUUGCCGACCGGCGCGUGGCGUGCCGGUACGAGGAGGAGGUGCGGGUGUGCCUGGGGAAGCUACAGCCGUCCGAUGCCGUCCUCUCUCUGAUUCGCCAGGAGGAGGAGCAGGAAGGUGGAGAGGGGGAGGAGGAGAGGGAGAAGAGGGAAGGGGCGGGUGAUGGGGAGAAUGGAAGUGAGGGGAGGGAGGACGAGGAGGGUUCACGAGGGCGAGGAGUGGGGGAGAGGCGGGAUGGCAGCAGCAUUGGAGAGAUUGUUGCUCGGAGCACAGCAGUGUAUCUGGAGCCCACUCCCCCCUGGACGCUUCCCCAGGCCCGUGCGUUGCCCUGUGCUGGCUGUCCGCCUGCUGACCUCCUCAACUGCACCAUCCGCCGCAUCGCAUACCAUUACAUGCGCACGCACGCCCCUUCUCCUUCCUCUGACUCCUCCUCCUCCACCUCCUCCCGUGCCCUGCCUGACUUCCUGAUCGGCGCGUACUGGCCGUCGGAUGCUGAGACGCUCAUCUCAGCCUUCCAUCCGCUUCGUCGGCCGUACCUCCUCAGGCUGACACGUCGGCGCCAGGUGGCAUGCCCGUCACCACCCCCUCUCGCCCUGCGGCCCGAGCGGGGAUCGUUAAGGUCUGAGGAGCAGAUGGGGAUGAGAGGAAUCAAGUACAGGCGGGUGGGAUGGCGAACGCAGGGAGCAGCAAGAGGAGAAACGCAAGGAGGAGACAGGGAGGGAACACAGGGCGCCCAGGGAGGACAGGGCGCCCAGGGAGGACAACAGCAAGACUCGCUACCACAGCCGCGCCAGCAGCAGCAGGUGCGGUUUGUUGACCCACCAAGAGCAGCAGGACAGGGCGUGGCUCUAGACCUCAGGGUGGUCAGUGCAGUGGGCACGGGUGCACAGGGCACCGGCGGAGGCUGGCAGGGAGCGGGCGGGCAGGGGGCGGGUGCACAGGGAGGGGACGGGCAGGGAGGGGGCGGGCAGGGAGGGGACGGGCAGGGAAGGGACGGGCAAGGCGGGGGCGGGCAGAAGGGCCAGUACUGGGCGAUGAAGCAGCGGCUGAAGCAGCUGGCGCAGGAGAGGCAGAAAGCCCUUGAGGGGGAAAGAUCAGGGGGCGCUCUUGGGGGCUCUGGCAGUGCCGUGCAGGGAGGUUUUGCGCAGGGUGGGGGAGGGGAGGGAGGGGGCGGGGAGGGAGGAAACGGGCAGAAGGGGCAGUACUGGGCGAUGAAGCAGUGGCUGAAGCAGCUGGCGCGGGAGCGGCAGCGGAGGAGAGACGUCCGUGGGGGGAACGGGUCAGGGGCCGCUCUUGGUGGCUCUGGCAGUGGGGCGUUGAACAGGCGAAGGCUUUUGGCUGCUGAGUCGGCGACUUUUGAGACGUCUCAAGAGUCAGGGGGCGGUAUUGGUGGCUCUGGCAGUGGGGUGUUGAACAGGAGACGGCUUUUGGGUGCUGACUUGGCGCUGACGUGGCAACAGCUGGCGGAGUUGCAGGAGGAAGAGGCGGCUCGGAAGGCCGGGGCGUCGAAGCGGAGAGAUGACCGGCUGUGUGCUCGAUUGAGGCUAGCGGAGCUAUACUGGCUGUCACGGGCGCAGGCCGUGUUCAGUCUGUACCGCAGCACAGCAGCCGACUUCAUCCGCGCCCAGAUGGCCUUCCGCCUGCACCACGCUUCCACCUCCUCCUCCACCACCUCCACCACCACCACAAAUGGGGAGGGCGGGAGCGUGGAUGAUACAAGUGCCACCAGCGCUGCUGCUGACGCUAGUGCUGCUGCUGGUGGAGGGACGGGUGAUGAGCUGAGUGUGUGUCAAGCGCCCCCUGUGCCGCCUGUCAUCAAGAGCCGUGCAGCUCGCCACAUGAUCGUGGAUGGUGAGACCCUCUGCCCUUCGGCUGCUCCUCUGCUGCUCCCAUGCUUCUGGUGCCCUGUUGCUCCCUUGUUAUCUCCCCCAUACCCCCUUUCCCUCUGUGACCCCUUUCCUCUCUUUCCUCUCUCCCUCUGCGUUUCCUCAGAGCAGCGUCUCAAGGCCAUGUACUGCUACAUCCCCAAGGCGGCGUGUACGAGCUGGAAGCUGUGGUUCCAGCAGCAGCGCGGCCGCACCACCCCUGAUGACGUGGAGCAUGUGCACGAUGCUGACACCAGUGGGCUGGACCAGCUGUGGCACGCAUUCACAGAGAGCGAGGCCAUCCGUGUGCUGACCCGCCCAGACAUGUUCCGCUUCACAUUCGUGCGCAACCCCUUCUCCCGUGUCGCCUCUGCUUACCUCAACAAGCACGUCGCCUGGGCCGACCCCAAGGAUCGCCUGGAGUGGAACAAGGUGUACACCGCACCGCACAAACGCACCUGCACUCACACGCACUCCCUCGCAAGCACGUUGAGUGUAGAGAUUAUCUGCAUGGAAAGGGGCCAGGCUGCAGCAGAGAGCGCGUGCGGGCACAGAGAGUACAACAUGACCUCCUUCCCUCCUGUCGCCCCCCUUCCCCCCACCUGA